ACAGACAAAGUGUGAAGGUGUGAAAGGAAGUUGUUGUAGUAUUAUAAAACUUUGAAGGAAAAUUGUUUGUUGGUUUAUAUGAUUUCUAAAUGUAUACCCCUCGUCAGUGUGGAGUUAAAUUUGAACCGCCUUCACUCGUUUUGUACUACGUAAUGAACGCAACAGGUAAAGUUCAUCGACGAUCGAUGCCCCUUCGAAAUUUUUCAGAGAAAAGCAAUUUGGAUGAGGCUGUGACAGAUUUAAAAUCUGGAAAACACAAGCGUUAUCUUGAGAAAAUCCCUGCAGAACAGAUUCAUAGAUUAUUAUCAAAGAUUCAAGAAAAUUUCCCACAUAAAAAGGAUAAGGAUGAAGUAGUUUCAAAUGCAGAUGGCGAAGACUUGAAUAAACUCAAUGACACUGAACUUAAUAAAAAGAAGGCUGAAAUGGACCAAGUAUUUGAGAAACAUCGUGUAAGGCCUGGAGAUGAGGGAUUUCAAUAUGAAGUGGAAGUCGACUUUGAGAAUGGAAAGAAUGUUUCAGGAUGGGAUUCAGACGAUGAUUAUUCUGAUCCAGAUUUUUAAGCAUGUCAGAUGAAAACAGUGUAAAGAACAGGAUAAUCAGAAAAUAUUAUGUACAUAUAUGGAGAGUACUAUGCAUGCUUUCCAAUCCGAUGACUAAUAUGUCCCCAAAACUGCUAUCAGGGUAAAAUGUUGAAUUUGUUUUAGAAUUUUGUAAUAAUCUCUCUUAUAACUACAAGAAUAUAUUUUGCUAUAAGCUUAUAUAAACUUUUAUAAUUUAUAGUAUGUUGUCUAUAAAUUUUGCAUUUGU